UCUGUCUCAAAAACCUCUCCAUCCCGCGCUCUCAAUCACAGUACAUAUGAUCACCAAAUUUGGCUCGAAUCCUCACAAUCCAUCAACCUAUUUACAUAUUCAAAAACCACGUCAUUUGUGAAGGUGGAUCAUAUAUAACGCUCACUCUAGAAGACAGAAAGCAGUAAAAGAUCAGAUUUUUGGAAUGAGACUUUCACUGCAGUAUUGGCUGUCAUAAGUGAUACGGUUCUACACGCAAAGCAGAACUUCAAAGGGACUUAGAAUAACUCAGAAAAAAAAAACUAAACAGAAGAGUGGACAAACACCCAUCACAACCCAACUGUCCAAUACAUUUGUUUAAAAAAAAAAAAAAAAAAAAAGUUGUAUCUGAAGAUUUCAAAUUGUAUUGUUCAUGAUUUAAAUAAGUUGGCGUUUGGAAAACCCCAUCGGAUGCUGAAAAUGUUCCUGCUUGAGGUCAGUUAUUUCAUGGUGCUGGGCACUGCCUUCACGUCUAUAAUCUCCGUGCUGCUGUUACUUGCCGUAUCCCGUCAACUCUGGGCCUUUCGCUGGCGCAUGACAAGGGACAGGACGUGUAAACUGCCUCUUCCGAAGGGUUCCAUGGGUUGGCCACUGUUCGGAGAAACGUUUCACUGGCUGCUGCAGGGUUCCAGUUUUCACAUCUCCAGGAGGGAGAAGUACGGAAAAGUCUUUAGGACACAUCUCUUAGGCAAACCUGUUAUCCGAGUGACGGGAGCCGAGAACAUCCGUAAAAUAUUACUGGGAGAACAUAACUUAGUGAGCACACAAUGGCCCCAAAGUACUCGGAUCAUCCUUGGCGCUAACACUUUGGUUAACUCUAUUGGGGAUCUCCACACACAGAAAAGAAAGAUUUUAGCCAAAGUGUUUAGCCACGCGGCUCUGGAGGCGUAUAUCCCCCGCAUUCAGGGUGUUGUCAGGACAGAGGUUGAAAGCUGGUGUGCAAAUCGGGGCUCCAUCAACGUAUACCCUUCUGCCAAAGCCCUCACUUUUCGCAUCGCAGUCCGCGUCCUAUUGGGGCUCAAUGUGGAAGACGAUCAUCUGGACUACCUUUCCAAGACUUUUGAGCAGCUUAUGGAUAACCUGUUCUCCCUUCCUCUUGACGUGCCAUUUAGUGGGCUUCGUAAAGGUAUCAAAGCUCGAGAUAUACUCCACGAAUGUAUGGAGAAAAUCAUUGCGGAAAAACUACAGCAACCAGGGGAACACAAUGACGCAAUUGAUUACAUGCUGAGCAGUGCUAAGGAAAAUGGCAACGAAUUAAACAUAAAGGAGUUAAAGGAGUCUGCUGUUGAACUUAUCUUUGCAGCCUACUCUACCACCGCGAGCGCUAGCACCUCUCUGAUCCUGCAGCUCACGAGGCACCCCUCUGUCGCUGAGAAAGCCAAGCACGAGCUGGUCUCACAGGGACUUAACGGGCGCCGUGCGCGGUUUACAAAGACGGAAAACAGACUGCCGACUGUCGUCUUCACCAAAGGGUCAACAGAAAAACGAGGUACACACGGAGAAUGUAAUCCAACAACGGAAACUAAACCUCGGAAAGGUUUUGAAGAAACCACCACCGGGCCACCGGAUACCAUGCCAGCUACCGCGGAAGAGGGACACUAUUCUCGCCGUCUUCAACCGUAUUUAAGUUUGGAGAAACUGAGUGAAUUGCACUAUCUGGACUGCGUGGUUAAAGAAGUGCUUAGGACUCUCCCGCCGGUGUCUGGGGGUUACAGAACAGCCCUGCAAACCUUUGAGCUAGACGGAUAUCAGAUUCCAAAAGGAUGGAGUGUCAUGUAUAGUAUCCGAGAUACCCACGAAACAGCUGCCGUUUACCAGAGCCCAGAACUGUUUGACCCGGACCGCUUUGGAGCCGAGAGGGAAGAGGGCAAGGCGGGUCGAUUCAACUACAUCCCUUUCGGUGGAGGGGUCAGAAGCUGUAUAGGCAGAAAACUGGCACAGAUCAUAUUGAAAAUUCUAGCUGUCGAAUUACUCAAUACAGCGAGAUGGGAGCUCGCCACACCAACUUAUCCCAAAAUGCAAACGGUCCCCAUUGUGCAUCCGGUGAAUGGGCUCCAUGUUUGUUUCAAUUACUUAAACUCUCACGAGGAAAACAAUGCAUCUCAGAAACCAUAGCGAGAAUGUGGUGUUUGUAAAUAUUAAACGCAAGGCAUCAGAAUUAACUUGUUAUUAUUUAGCAUUUAAAUUAUUUUAUAUAAAUAGGCUAUAUAUUAAAUUAGAGAAAUAUGGGAUGCUGUUUGUAGUACUGUACUAUAAAAUAUGAAGUAGAAUUUUGUCGUAUAAGCUUUUUAUUAUUAUUUAGAGCAACUGUUAUGACAGGAUCAAAGAAUACAGUCUAAAAUUAUAGUUACUUUAGGCCUUUGAAAAAAAAAAGCGUCUCCAGUCGUUAGACUUAACUUAUUAAGCUUUUGUUAAGAAUGUGACUAACCGUAAGAGUGUGAAAUAAAGGGAAGAAACAUUUACCUUAUACAGGCUAGCACUUUGAACUAUACCUCCUUGUGGCGUUUAUUGUGAAAUCUGCAUGACUUUAAUAUUUACAGUAUGGAUAAAAAAAAUCUGUGCAUUAAUCUUGCAUCAUUUAUAGUGUUCGCAUAAACAGUCCUUCAGUGUUUUAUUGUCUUUUCAACGGUGUUUGUGUCAAAAUACUUUAUAUUGUCAACACUGUUUUUGUGAUGUA